AUGUUCUUGUGUGUCUGCGCGCCUGUGUACCUGUGUGCAUUGUGCGUGCGCAUGUACCUCUGUGUGUUUGUGCGUCUUAUUCUGUGUACCACGUGUCCCUGUCUGCCUGUGUACACCUGUGCAUACCUGUCUGCUUGUAUCUGCGCGUACGUACGUGCGCGCGCCCAAGGGAGCGGCCAUGGGGCCAUCCUUUUCCCAGCACGAUUCGCCAGAGCGCAGCUGGCCCUUCAGAAGAGAGGAAGGGGAGGCAGGAACGUGGGCAGCGAGUCUGUGCUCCCUUAUUACACAGCAGCCAGUGGGUGUGCUGUGGGCAUGUUCAACACAUCCAUGGGGGAGCUGCAGAAGCACUUGUACAAAGGGGAAUACUAUGCCUUCAAGUACGCCCCCAUGUUCGAGAGCGACUUCAUCCAGAUCAGCAAGAGAGGGGAAAUGAUUGGCAUACAUAACCAGGCAUGCAUGGUGACCGUGGGCAUUGCAUCCACCAGCCCGAUUAUGCCUUUGCCCAAUGUCAUGCUGUUAGCCCGGCACGUGGCGUAUGUUGAGGAUCAGCCCCGUCCAGAGGCCAGCUCCAGGAGCAACAUGCAGCACCCCCACUCUUCAAAGACCCUGGAGUUGACCAGGCUACUCCCCCUGGAGUUUGUGAAGAUUUCUGUCCAUGACCGUGAGAAGCAGCAGCUUCGGCUGAAACUGGCCAGUGGGAGAUCAUUCUACUUACAGCUCUGCCCACCCUCCAAUGCCAUGGAAGACAUCUUCUCCUACUGGGAGAAGCUCAUCUACCUCCUUCGGCCACCUGCCGAGGGCUACGGCAGCACCCAUGCCAUCCCUGCUGGGGAUGGGGUCGAGGUGCCUGUUUUCAUAGCCAAAGAGAAAUUUCCUAUGAGUCGAGCCACAGAAGGACCCAAUUUGGGCCUGCGUGCCUCUGAGGGCCUCAUCACUCUGCUAUAUUCUCUAAUCACCUAUGCUAGAAAAUGGGGGUGAGGGGGAAAUGAUGAACGAUUUGAUGAAGUGUUCUAGGCCCAACCCUUUCAGCAAUGACAGGCCUCUGCCCUAGGGUCCACAGGCUAGAAGGAAGGAGGCCUUGAUUGCCAACCCCAAUCCUGGCUAGGAAAAUGGGGGGAUUGGCAAAGAUGUGCCUUCUUUUAGGAAUCAGUCCCCCCACCCCACCCUAUGCACGCUCACAACACACUAGAACAGACACACGUGUUCCAUGUCCUGGAAUUCCCUGGGGCUUCCUCAGUUUCCUUCUCCAAUCUAAUGGGGUAGGAGGAUGGCUCCUGACCCUAGGAUGUUUAUGACCUGACCUUACCCCAGGCCCGCCUUUUACGAUCUUUCCUCUUCUGCCCCUCGCACUAUGGGCCCCAGUCCUGGGAGCCUAUUCUGCACAGUGAAGGGGAGCAGGAUAAAGUAAGUAUCAAGAGUCUUCAUGUGUUGUCUGACAUUCCUGGCCAGGACAAGAUGGCAGUAAAGCCAGAAAUAAUCAUGGCGGCUGCAGCCGGGAAGGGCUUCCCUAGCACAGGAGGCAUAGAGAAGGACCUGCUGCCCCAUCACUAUACCAUCCAAGGGGUGCCCAGUGUGUCCCCUCCCAGUACACCAUCUGUCCCAAGCAUUGUAGUAGCAGCUGCUGCCAGCAGAGGUCCUGCCAGUAAGGCCAUGGCUGGGGCCCCCCCGGGGAUGGGGACAGCCACAGCAGGCAGCCAGGGGCCUGGCGUAAGUGUAGCCCCGGCUGGGACUGCAACUGGGCAGGUAACAGAGACCGUGUCUGCCAGCAGUGUUAGUCUAAUGCUGGCUGGCGCUGCCAGCAUGUCA